UGAAUAAUAAAUUUUUCUGGUGAUUGAGUAAUUUGCUCAGCACGGGGCAAACAGAGACGGAUUUAGUGAACAUGUAGGUUAGUAGACCAGGAAGUAAACUGAGGCUGGGAAAAUGUGUAACUAGGACGGCAAACUUGUCAGGAAAGUAAACUUUUGUGUUUGUUUUUUCUCUGCUGUUUUCUUGAAUGCUGGUGAUGCUUAACAAUUAUGAAAAUGACCUGGGUGGUGGUGCACGCUUUUAAUCCCAGCACUUGGGAGGUAGAGGCAGGUGGAUCUCUGUGAGUUCGAGUCCAGCCUGCUCUACAGAGUGAGAUUCAGGACAGGUACCAAAACUACACAGAGAAACCAUGUCUCUAAAAAAAGAAAGAGAAAAUAUGAAAAUAAGCAUGCUAUAGAUAUAUCAUAACAAUUCUGAGCUGAGUGUCUGGGCUCAUAGGUGAAAUCUCAGCACCCAGGAGGCUGAAGCUGGAGGACUGAUGCUCGUUGUUGGCAAAUCUAGGCUAAAUGGUGAAUCUCAAGCCAGCUUCAGUCACAAAGACAAACUUAUUCCUGAAAAAAAAUAAGAAAAUAGAAUUCUUUCUGCACACACUGCUAGCUCAGUUAGAAAGGACUGAGAGAAAGUGCUGGGUCCUUUAUUUCUCUGACCUCUGGAGAACACAUGAAUUGUCGAAUAUGUGGCAGAGCCUAUGAGUCUUCAGGAUCAGCUUUCAAACUGAAGCUGCUUCUUCAUCUUCACAGUCAUUGUCUUCACUAGAGUACAGACUUGUAGAUCGUAAGGAAUCAUAGAAGUACAAAGAAAAGAUAGGAACCCAACAAAACUCAGGUCUGCAUCUCUAAUUUAUUUGCUCUUUUUUUCAAGAAGUCUUUGACUAGGGUACCAGUGUAGAUUUAUGACAUCACUCUACCUCUUAGCCAACCAGUACCUGAAUGGUCUUUCGGUCUUUAUGAUGCUGACAAACUUAAUUUUCCUCAGUGUCCAGUAUCUCUGACCCUGGACAUGUGGGUUUUUUGUUUCUGAAUCCUGACAGUGUUUUUGUCUCUUUAUCUGAUUCUUAUAACUGUGUUUUUAUUAUCUUCCCAACAAUGUCUGGUGAUAUUCUCACACCUUGGCUCACAGACCAUCAGAGCUGUCCAGAUAUUAAAGGACCUUUCAUUGCUGGAGCUCCAAAGAAGAUCAGGAGCACCAUUCGCAGACAUAACAAUGCCACUCUUCUGAUCCAAGAGCAGUUCCAACUUUUAAGCUCUUUUGAGAAGAAUAUUUACAUCAAUGAUAACAUUACCUGGAAAUCUUACCUUGAACUGAAGACCUAUCAGAUAAAAGCAGAAGUCCUGCUAAAUCAAGGCCUCACAGAGGAAGCACUUGUGAUGUAUCACAAAUUUUCAACACUCUUAAUGGAGAAACUCAGAAAAGGCCCGAAAAAGUGUCUUUCAGCUCGAAUAAGAUCCAAAAUCAACAAGAUUAUAAAUUACAUUUUUGAAAAAGCUGAGAGCCUUAAAUUCACACUCCGAAGAAAUCAUAAUAAGGAGCAUGAAGGCUACCUAGAUAAGAAGGAAAGAAAAGAGGAAGAGGCAAAAACCAAGGCGUUCUGGAAGCAUAGAAAAAAUCAUGGACAAAACUCCCGAGACUUCCCCAAAUUCAGCUCCCUUCUACACAGACUUGUGAGUCGUGGAAAGGUGGGCCCCAGCCUGACACCAACACCUAGAGAGGCUGAAGAGCCUUCACGAGGAAGCACACCUGUGAAACAAACAGUGGUGUGUGGCCCACAGGAAGCCUUCGAGGAGAUAACCCCCACCCCUUCAGCAGACACUCCUGGGGAGACUAAGGUGGUGAAAAGCCCAGGUGAUAUUCUCACACCUUGGCUCACAGACCAUCAGAGCUGUCCAGAUAUUAAAGGACCUUUCAUUGCUGGAGCUCCAAAGAAGAUCAGGAGCACCAUUCGCAGACAUAACAAUGCCACUCUUCUGAUCCAAGAGCAGUUCCAACUUUUAAGCUCUUUUGAGAAGAAUAUUUACAUCAAUGAUAACAUUACCUGGAAAUCUUACCUUGAACUGAAGACCUAUCAGAUAAAAGCAGAAGUCCUGCUAAAUCAAGGCCUCACAGAGGAAGCACUUGUGAUGUAUCACAAAUUUUCAACACUCUUAAUGGAGAAACUCAGAAAAGGCCCGAAAAAGUGUCUUUCAGCUCGAAUAAGAUCCAAAAUCAACAAGAUUAUAAAUUACAUUUUUGAAAAAGCUGAGAGCCUUAAAUUCACACUCCGAAGAAAUCAUAAUAAGGAGCAUGAAGGCUACCUAGAUAAGAAGAAAAGAAAAGAGGAAGAGGCAAAAACCAAGGCGUUCUGGAAGCAUAGAAAAAAUCAUGGACAAAACUCCCGAGACUUCCCCAAAUUCAGCUCUCUUCUACACAGACUUGUGAGUCGUGGAAAGGUGGGCCCCAGCCUGACACCAACACCUAGAGAGGCUGAAGAGCCUUCAGGAGGAAGCACACCUGUGAAACAAACAGUGGUGUGUGGCCCACAGGAAGCCUUCGAGGAGAUAACCCCCACCCCUUCAGCAGACACUCCUGGGGAGACUAAGGUGGUGAAAAGCCCAGUUCCGAACUCCAAAGGCCUCCGCCCUGUGAUCCUUCCAAAAGAUCUAUGGGAUAGGUUCCUGCAUUCUGCAAAGAACAACACCGAAAAAGGAAUCGAAACAUGCGGAGUCUUAUGUGGUACCCUGGAAAAGGAAGAAUACCACAUCACGCAUGUUAUAAUACCACUUCAGAGUGGAGAGUAUAAUUACUGUUCUAUGGAGAAGGAGGAGGAGCUCCUUUUUGUUCAGGAAGAGCUGGGGCUUCUCACCUUAGGUUGGAUUCAUACCCAUCCAACCCAGACAGCCUUCUUGUCGAGUGUGGAUUUACACACUCAUUUUGGUUACCAGAAGAUGCUCCCGGAAUCCAUUGCAGUGGUGUGUGCACCCAAAUAUAAACAAGUCGGAAUUUUUACACUGACACCUUAUGGAUUAAAAGAAAUAUCAUUCUGUCCCCAGAGAGGAUUUCAUUCUCAUAAUCAGGACUCAGCUCUCUUCUGUGACUGCAGUCACGUCACCAUCCAAAACAGCCUGAUGAUCCAUUCUACAACCAUGUUGUCCUGAAGACAGUCCUCCUGAGUGACCACUCUGCCUACAACACAACUCUAAAGGAUAUUUGGCCAAGAGAGAAAAGUCUACUUACCUAAAAAGCUUGGUUUGAAGUAUGUAAAGUUCCCUAGCUGUGAUGAACUCACCACUGAGGCUAAUGCUUACAGCAAACUGCAAACAAAAAUGCUGUCCUGCACAAGGGAUGCUGGGACAAAUUCACUGCCAGUGACAGUCUGGCCAAAGCAGCUCACCAUAAACUGUGCUUAGGCGCACACUCUCUGCUCAUGUUGGCCCUGUCUAGAAAUUUUCCAUAAAUUUCACAGAAACUUGUAUUUUCUUUAUAUAAGUGUGUUUUAAAACAGAUUUGUAGUUUCUUAAAAAUUCUAUUUAGUUCUAUAAUUAAAGUUGAGUUUUGUGUCAA